GCCAGUGCUUCAAUGUCAACAACAAAAGAAGUGUAACUCGACAUAAUUAGAAUAGUUGUAUUUUAUUGUAUUUGCAUCUAAAGAUGUUUGUUUGCUUUUUAAAGCUGUCUGCAACCCCAUCAGAACAGACCUGUCACCCAUUUCUGGGUUACGACCCAUCAGUUGAGAACUCUUGCUGUAUAUCAUUGGUGUCCCACCCAGCCGGUACAGGGGGUCUAUCUGUUGUCUUGACAACAAAGUCUGUCCUCUAGAGAAUCCGUCCCAUUAAUCAGCUUAUGUGAAAGUGAAAACUGAUUUUAUGAAACAAAUAGUGGAAGUAGAGUACUAGUAAUACAGAGAACGCCUUUGUCUUUCUUUUGGAAAAUAACCUACAUUUUGUCUGACCAACUUCUGCUUUGCAGCUUUCCUAAAUCAGGCGUAAAAACAUUCUCUCAUAGAAGUUGGAGGAGGUGCGGUGGCAGUUGUUAAGGGGCAUUCGGAUUGGCUGACUUACGUGAGAGCAAGACACAUGUCAUGACUGAAUGCUUCACUCCCCGCCCCUUAUUGUCAAGUGUCUGGACUCCGGGUUUAUUUGGGCAAUGUGUAUGUGUGUGAGAGCAAGAAGUACUAGACCAUAGUACAUAGAAAUAGAGCAAACAGCAAACAUAGAAAAAACAAACUGAUUAAGACUCCGUUUACAGAUUCACUGAUGCUGUUGGAGAAGCUUUGCUGUUCCUGUCAAUUCUACAUGGACUUUUGAAUGGGAUUCAUUUACUGCUUGAUCACAGGACUCGUAUCUCAGAAAGAUGGAGACCCUGUAUGCCAGAGCUCUCUAUGACAACACAGCCGAAACUGAAGAUGAGCUGGCUUUUCGCAAGGGUGACAUCAUCAUAGUGCUAGAGAAAAAUGUGGCGGGGAGCAAUGGUUGGUGGACAUGUUCUCUUCAUGGACGUCAGGGCCUGGCACCAGCGAAUCGCCUGGCUCCUCUUUCUCCAGCAGAGGCUGAGAAACUUUGUGCGAACUUAAGUGCACAGAGAGACUACUUGAGCAACCAUAGCCAUCAGAACAUCUAUCAAACUCCAAAUACUACCAAUCCGUCGGGGAAUCCAAUUUAUGAAGAUAUGAAUACAAUAUAUAAAGUGCCCCAUCAAACCAACCCUUCACCAGAUAAGCAAGACGAUACAGGAGGAACCAGGUCUCCACAUAAAGCUCUAACUGCUCAUCCCAGAACUGGUACCGAAAUAUAUGAUGUCCCAAGUCUGGUGAGAAAACCCACCUUCUUCACAUCAUCUACACGGCGGCCUUUGGAAAGGGAAACAUUACUGACGUCGUCAAGCACCGCAUCGUUUAAAAAAAGAUAUGAAAUGCUACAAAAUACAAGAUGCGCAACUGCAACCAAUAUAAAAGUCGCCACUAUACACCCAUUAGUGUCCCAAGAUCCCAAUUAUGACAUCCCAAUACCCUCCAUCAGUGAGGAUAUUCAAAAGCCUCCAUGUGGUUUUAUUACCAUGCCUGAAUCCUCUAAGUCUGAAUGGAUUUAUGAUGUGCCUCUCUUCCCACAAAAACAAGGAUGUGAACCUGGUUAUUAUGGAACCAUGCCACCCAAAACUAUUAAUUCAAAAAACAAGCCGCUUUAUGAUACUUUGCCAAAACACAUUAGGCCUGAAAGGAAGCACAGUGCCGCCCAGCCCCUCUAUGACAUCCCCAAACCGAGCAAUGCUGCGGUGCAAUCUUGUAUAGACGCUGGGAAAUCAACAAAUGCAUGCAUCUAUGAUGUCCCACCUUGCCUUAAACCGAAAGAGACGCCCAAACACCAAAGCCUUCCUGAAAUGGACUCUAUAAAGAGCCACGAACCCCUUGACUACAGGGGUAAACCUGGACUCAUGUAUGACCAACUUCAACAUUGGCCCUCAAGAGACAGGGCGAUGUCCAGGAAGCCUGUGGAAGGGAUGAUUAGAACGGACAAUGAAAAUAACAAAGACCACCAGAGGAGCUCAACGGUGUCCACUUCUUCCAUGGCUUCCAGCUCUUCCAGUUCUUCCAGGAGCUCUUGCGACUCCUUCAUGCUGAGUUCUCCGGAACCCGAGCCCUUGCGUGAGGUCACGCUUUCACAGGAGGAGGCUGGGAGCAGGUUGCUCGAGCUGCUGGAAGUGGUGUGCCAAUCCGUCCCCAAGCUUAUGCUGUUCGUCAGCAGCCAAUGGAGGAGCAAAGAGCACCUGGAACAGCACCUCCAUAAGAUCCGCACGGCUACCGAAGACGUGACUGACUCCGUCAACUGCUUCUUGAACUUUGCCUUGGAUGUCAGAGGUAAUGCGCAGCGGCUGACCGACUCUAACCUCCAGACCAGGCUCCUGAAGCAACUCUCCAUCGUUGAAGACUCAGGCUUGAUACUUCAGCAGGCUUCAAGCGCUUUACGAGAUCGGGGCUGGCUGCUGGAUAAGCUAGUUCAGGAUGCCGGCCAUUCCCAGACGCCUGACCACCUGGAGCGGUUUGUUAUGGUGGCUCGGACCGUACCAGAGGAUGUGAAGAGACUGGUGUCCAUCCUGAACGCAAACGGAAAGCUUCUUUUCAGAGUGCCGACAAAGGAACCAGACGUGGUGGAGGAUGUAGGCUCGUCUGAAUGGAGAAGUAAAUGUGAACCAAUGGUAGACUCAGGAAUAGAUGAGAGUGACUAUGUGCAACUUCAGACAAAGCCAGAGGUUGACCAACAACCAAAACCGACAAAGAGCAGCUUUAAAUCAAAGAAAAACGGUGAUAAAAAACAGGUUUUAAAAUCACAACCCGUUAGCCCCUGCAGUCCACACCAAACCUCCAGGAAGCCUUCCAUCUCUGACCACUGCCGGCUAUAUUUUGGUGCCAUUCAGAAGGCCAUCAGCGUGUUUAGAAGUAGUCUGAAUGAUGGCCAGCCCCCGGAAAAAUUCAUCUCCCACAGCAAGCUGAUUAUUAUGGUAGGCCAAAGACUUGUGAACACUCUGUGUAGUGAAGCCAAAAGUCGAGAAGCCAACCGGGACAUGUUGUCUAUGAGCACUCAGUUGUGUGCCUAUCUCAAGCAACUGGCCAUGGUGACCAAGAAGGCAGCUGUGAACUUCCCUGACAAACUGGCUGUCCAGGAGGCAGAGGACAUUGCCAAAGAGUUGUCUCAGAGGGUACAACACUUCAGAAUGUCACUGGACGUCUGAGCGGCAGUUUUGCCAUCUGGUAGCCCAGUUUAUCGCGAGAGGUGGGCUGGCGAAGACAACAUGCACAGACAGCAAAAUAGUGUCGACCCAGUUCAGGACGGUGUGGAAUCCAAGUGUACCAGAUGGGGCCCGGAUCUGGGCCGACACUAUGGUGCUGUCUGCGGUCUAUUUGUGGAAUAUCUCAAUUUCUGUGAUAUUUAUGCGAGUCUAAAGCAGCCAUCCUUAAACCGAACCCCACAUUUUUUUUGUUUUGUUUAACAUGGAUGAGGAGGUAGUGUUAAAGGUAACAAAGGGACCACUUAUAAUUAUAACCUCAAUUAAUAAUGUUGAGUAUGUUUGCAUGCACGACAUAUGCUGAUUCAAGAAUAAAAGCCUUUGUACAAAUAUCAGUAAUGUAUAGACAUUUAAAAUGUAAGUGUUGCAAUCAGUUUUUGCUUUCAUUAUGCAUGUAAACAUACUAGAUAAAGAUAAAGAAGAAAGCAUGAUAGUUUAAAGUGAUAGUUCACCCAAAAAUGAAACUUUCAGUUUUUAGAUCCACCCUCAUGUUGUUUAAACCUGUUUUUCUGUGAAACACAGGAGCAAUUCAAAAUUUUUUAGUACAAGAGUUUAUAACAAUCAUGUCAAGCUCCAAAAAGGAUAAAACAGCAGAUCUAAUACUUGAAUGAAUGAAGGAAUCUUAUGUCUUAUGAAUGAAUGAUGGCUUUUAGUCUGUUUCUUAAUAAUAUGGACUGAUUUUAUGGUGCCUUCUGGUCCAUUUUUGGAGCUUGAGACUCAAAAAGUUUGUUUUUUUAAUGACAGAAGUUUCAUUUUUCGGGUGAACUAUUAUUUUUAAAGACAGUAAUACAGUAACAGUCUUAAACAUGACCUGUGCAUUUAUUCGUUGCAUUCUUUCUGAUAUAUUCACUCAGCCAAACCUCAGGCUUUAAAUUGCACUUUUAUAAAGCAUACAUACAGAUUUUUGGUCAAGUAGACAAAAAUGUUUGUAGAUGUAGUAUGUGCCACUUUUUUGUAUAAUAAUUGAAAAUGCUGUGUUUCAGCUAAAUGUAAAUAUUUCCUCAAUACAUUUGAUGUUUUUGUAUACUUUUUUUUAGUAUUCAGUUUUCACACAGUAGCAAUGUAGAAUUCUCUGUUUCUUCAGUUGUCUGUGAAACGAUUUCUUCUCGACACAAAUAAAAUGAUACUUACCAACA